AUGACCGUUUCGGAUUCGGACACUGGCGUACAUAGUCAAUUUGGGUUAGAGUUGAUCCCAUUGCGAAAUGCCGACAAUAUCUUUGAGGUUCACCCGAUGUCUGCCACAGGCCGGACACCUGUUCUUAUCAAAGUUACCGGAGCUGAUAAGCUCGACUAUGAGAACCCUGACCGGCGGGAAAUGGUUGUACAAGUCAUAGCUAGAGGUGGAGGCAGACGUCUCUCAUCUACUGCCACACUGACCAUCCUGUUAGUCGAUGUUAACGACAACAUCCCGAUCUUCGAUGAGUCUUCCUAUAGUUUCAAUGUGGUUGAGAAUUCCGCACCUGGCUCGUUAAUUUCAAGGCUGAGUGCUACGGAUGCCGACAGCGGUGUGUUCGGACAAUUACGCUACGAGUUACGUGGCUUUGGAGCUGAGCGCUUUUCUGUUAACUCGUCUACCGGUGACCUAAAAGUUGGAGUAUGCGGACUUUCGACUUGUUUAGAUUAUGAGGAUCAGGACAUUUUUACUUUGACCUAUACUGUCAUUGACGGAGGGGGGAAAGCAACAUCAGUGCCGCUUACCAUUAAAAUUGAUGACGUUAACGACAAUCCGUCCGUUUUCGAGCAAAAUCAAUGCAGGCGACUCAUCCAAAAUAGAGCUCUUGACUUCGAUCCACAAUUAGUGGUUAAGGCUACAGAUAAGGAUAGUAUUCGGAAAGGUCAUUCACCGCCAAUUCAAGAUGGCAGGAUUUCCUACUCCAUUGUGGCAGGCAACACUGCAGACAACUUAUUCAAUAUUGGGCGCGACAGUGGCAUUCUUGAUGUUACUCGUCCUAUCAAUGCCACUGAAUUGGGCGAGGUUAGAUUUGUGCUCAUAGUGCGAGCGACCGAUUCCGGCACACCACCCCAGCAUGCUGAUACCGUGGUGACAAUUACGGUGGGGGCUGUCGAUGGAAACGAUCCCCCCAUUUUCCAACAGAACCAGUAUCACGUCAACGUUGUCGAGCGGGCAACGCCAGAUUCAUUUGUUAUUCAGCUAAAUGCUACUGAUCCGGAUGGACCUUCAGAUAAUUUGCGCUAUCGCGUCGUCGGAGGCACAGCCGUCGAUUGGUUCACCAUUGAUGAAGUGUCAGGAAUCGUUCGGGUUGCAAGAGGUGGCGCUCUCCAAUGGGAUCAAGAAGCUCCUCUUCUUACUCUGGCAGUAGCUGCAGUUGACCAGGGCCAGCCACUUGCUCAAUCAGCUACCGCAACAAUCACCAUACAGGUGGAAGACAUCAACCAUAAAUCACCAAAUUUUGAUAAACAACUUUUUAUCCAUCACGUAGCCGAGGUUACACCUGUUGGAACUCGGGUUCUGGCUUUAGGUGCCAGUGAUCCCGACACUAGCUCACAAUUAAGAUUUCGAUUAACUGAGCCAUUUCAGAUAAGAAAUAAAGAAGGCUAUUUGCGCGACGAAGUUGAAAGCGAGUACUUCUCGUAA